UUCAACGCAGAAGCCCUCGCACAGUCUUUUAAUACGUGAACGGCUUAUGUAUUCAUUGAAAUUGGUGCUUCACAUAAUUAAGAACAAGCCAAUCCUCUACAGAUAAUUAAGGUCAUCACUUCUGCAGCUCCAGGUCUUGAUUCUGGACAUGGCGAACAGUCUUAACUACUCCAAAGGUCCCGCAGGCGAGGCUAAAUUUGCCUUGCAGCUGUUUGGCCAACUGGCCAAGUCCGAGUCCGACCGGAACAUCGUCCUCUCUCCAUCGUCCAUCCGCACGGGCUUGGUACUAGCCUACCUGGGCGCCGAGGGCAGCACUGCCGACGAGUUGAAACUGGGAUUGGGCCUGGAAGGAGCUGGUAAGAAUGAGGUAGCUGAGAAAUUGGCCCAGCUCUUGGCUAAAGGACUGUUGGAAGAGACGAGUGGGGACAAGGUCGGGCCUAAAUUGAAAUACGCCAAUCGGAUUUUCGUGGCCCAGAGGUUCCAGCUGGCCCAGGCCUACCAGGAUUUGGUGAGCAAACACUUCGCAUCAGCUGCAGAGAAUGUGAACUUUACGCAAAGUGCGGACACAGCCAAGCGCAUCAACUCCUGGGUGGAGGAGCAGACCCAUCAGCAGAUCAAGGACCUCAUUGGUCCGGACUCAGUGGACGCGGAUACUGCGGCCAUCCUGGUCAAUGCCAUCUACUUCAAGGCCGACUGGCAAACCAGCUUUCCCGACUACGCAACUUACGCUAGUGACUUUGUCAACCACGGAGGACGAAAGGUCAGCGUGGACACCAUGUCCCAGGAGGGUUACUUCAGGUUCGGCGAACUGCCCGAGUUGGCGGCCAAGGCCUUGGAACUGAGCUACACAGGCACAGAUAUCGUUUUCCUGAUCAUUCUGCCCCAGGAGGAGCAGGGCUUGGCCUUCAUCGAGGAUAAACUAAUGGACAUGGACCUGAAUGAAAUUAGCUCCCAAUUGAGCAGGCGAAAGGUUCGCGUGCAGUUGCCCAAAUUCAAAUUCGAGUUCCAUGUACCUCUGCAGGCGGCGCUGGAGGAGUUGGGCAUCAGGAAACUUUUCUCUCCUGGAGCAAACCUCAGCAGCCUUCUCCGGGAAUCGGAACCCCUGCACAUCUCGGAGGUGAAGCACAAGGCGGUUAUUGAGAUUACCGAAAAGGGAACCUCUGCCAGUGGAGCGACCUAUGUCAAUGCUGCGGUGGAGUCUCUUUUGAUUGGAGAGCAAGUAUUUGAGUUCACCGCGGAUCAUCCCUUCUUCUUCGCCAUCAAGGAUGCUGAAAACACCUUAUUCCUGGGCCACGUCAGUCAGCUGUGAUUCGGAGAAUCCCAGAAUCCCAACAUGAUGUUUUGUCCGCAUCCAAUAAAUGCCAGUUUUGUAUGUCAA